GCAACAGCAAAAGAAAAAUUUAAAAUGAAAAUUGUGUACAAAUUCAAGAAAUCAUAAAACUUUUUUUCUUCUUUUUAAAAUAAAAUAAAUUUAAAUAAAACUGUAAUUUGUCACAAUUUUUCAUUAAAUUAUAGAAUCAAUUCAUAAAAAAUAUAAUAAGUUUGAAAACAUUUAUUUUUUUUUCUAAAAAGAAAACUAAAACAAUUACAAAGGACAAUGCCGCGAACAAAAGUUUCAAAGAAUCCGAAGCGCAAUCGAGAUGCCGCAAUUCGGGAAGAAAAAAUUCGAGAAUUUGAUUCAACUGUGGAUCAAUUUAUGAAUGGAUUUGAAACAAAAGUCAAACAGAAUAUUCUUGAGAUCGAAACUGAGAUUGUUUUAAUGAAGGCGCGAAUUCCAGAAAAGAUUCUCUUGAUGAAAAUGGGCGAUUUAAUGAACAUGAAUGCUUCAUCAUUUUCUGAAGUUUUAGUCAUUCCAACGGAAACUCAAAGCUCAAUUCAAAAUCAAUCAUCCUUACUGAGAUCUAUGAAAAAGUCCAAUGACGAAGGCUACCUUACAGAGGAUAGCACUAACAGUAUGGCUUGUGGCAGUCAAGCAAACCUUUCCAUAAUGCACAGUGUUCGCGCGCCAGGUCCUCUUAGUUCGGCCAAGGCGCGUCGUACACGUCGGAGUCAAUCUGCAACUGGCUAUCCUCCGAGUGCCCUUAAACCCAAACCUUCAACUACAACAAUGAAGGAGAGGCUAUCCCGCCAGAAACAUCGAACACCAUUAGUAUCAAGACAGAAAGCGAUAAGUGCUGAUCGCACACCACCGAACAGAGGCAAAAAUUGUCCUGGAAGUCCAACAGCAUUGCUGAGAUGGCCAAAACCCGGCGAGAUGGUUAUUUCAAUGACUGGUACACCAGUCGUAUCAUCGCAUGUCAUGCCAGAACAGUUUGCCAAUGUUAAUAUACCCAUCAGAGAUGGAGUUCUAUCUCUGCGACCAAAGAAACUAUCUAAUUUAGAUCCGGAAAUCGUACACAAAAUCGACCAGGACACAAUCAGUCAGAUAAAAUUGCUACAAUCGAAUUUGGAGCUCAUUAUGAGCCUGGCUGAUAAAUCAGAUGCCUAAAUAAUUAUUUUUUUUUAUUUAGUUACAAGUAUAUUUUUUUAAUAUUCUGCUCAUUAUUUUCAUGUUCAAUUUUUUUACAAAUAAUAAAAGAUCAUUGGUUUCGAAAUGAUAAUAAAAUUAAGAAUUGUCAUCAACCGAA